CACCUCCGCCCCCCGCCCGUCGCUCGCAUCCCCAGUUCCAUCAAAGCCAGCCUGGGCCAGCGCAGGGAUCUCUGAGUUGCGAGUGUGCUGAGGCUGGGACUGUCACUCAUUCUCCGCUCAGCGCGUGAACGCAGCUCGGCAGUGGCUGGCAAGAAACAAUUCUGCAAAAAUAAUCAUACCCAGCCUGGCAAUUGUCUGCUCCUCGGUCCAUUGCUCCGCCGCCGUCCACAGUCGCUUGCGAGGGGAAGGCACUGAAUUUACCGCGGCCAGAACAUCCCUCCCAGCCGGCAGUUUACAAUGCUGCGAACUAAGGAUUUCAUCUGGACUUUGUUUUUCCUGGGAACUGCAGUUUCUCUGCAGGUAGAUAUUGUUCCCAGCCAAGGAGAAAUCAGCGUUGGAGAAUCCAAAUUCUUCCUGUGUCAAGUGGCAGGAGAUGCCAAAGAUAAGGACAUCUCCUGGUUCUCCCCCAACGGGGAGAAGCUGAACCCAAACCAGCAGCGGAUCUCUGUGGUGUGGAAUGAUGAUGACUCCUCUACCCUCACCAUCUACAACGCCAACAUCGACGAUGCCGGCAUUUACAAGUGUGUGGUCACUGCCGAGGAUGGCACCCAGUCUGAGGCCACUGUCAACGUGAAGAUCUUCCAGAAGCUCAUGUUCAAGAACGCACCAACCCCGCAGGAGUUUAAGGAGGGGGAAGAUGCUGUGAUUGUCUGUGAUGUGGUCAGCUCUCUGCCCCCAACUAUCAUCUGGAAACACAAAGGCCGAGAUGUCAUCCUGAAAAAAGACGUCCGGUUCAUAGUCCUGUCCAACAACUACCUGCAGAUCCGGGGCAUCAAGAAAACAGAUGAGGGCACUUACCGCUGUGAGGGCAGGAUCCUGGCCCGGGGGGAGAUCAACUUCAAGGACAUUCAGGUCAUUGUGAAUGUACCUCCCACUGUCCAGGCCAGACAGAGCAUUGUGAAUGCCACUGCCAACAUGGGCCAGUCAGUCACCCUGGUGUGUGAUGCCGAUGGCUUCCCAGAGCCCACCAUGAGCUGGACAAAGGAUGGAGAACCCAUAGAGAAUGAGGAGGAAGAUGAUGAUAAGCACAUCUUCAGUGAUGACAGUUCUGAGCUGACCAUCAGGAAUGUGGACAAAAACGAUGAGGCUGAAUACGUCUGCAUCGCUGAGAACAAGGCUGGCGAGCAGGAUGCCUCCAUCCACCUCAAGGUCUUUGCAAAGCCCAAAAUCACCUAUGUAGAGAAUCAGACGGCCAUGGAACUAGAGGAGCAAGUCACUCUGACCUGUGAGGCCUCCGGAGACCCCAUCCCCUCCAUCACCUGGAGAACGUCCACCCGAAACAUCAGCAGUGAAGAAAAGGCAUCGUGGACUCGACCAGAGAAGCAAGAGACUCUGGAUGGGCACAUGGUGGUACGCAGCCAUGCCCGUGUAUCCUCCCUGACCCUGAAGAGCAUCCAGUACACAGAUGCUGGAGAAUAUAUCUGCACUGCCAGCAACACCAUUGGCCAGGACUCCCAGUCCAUGUACCUCGAAGUUCAAUAUGCUCCCAAGCUCCAGGGCCCUGUGGCUGUGUACACUUGGGAAGGGAACCAGGUGAACAUCACCUGUGAGGUCUUUGCCUACCCAAGUGCCACAAUCUCCUGGUUCCGAGAUGGCCAGUUGCUGCCAAGCUCCAACUACAGCAAUAUCAAGAUCUACAACACCCCAUCUGCUAGCUAUCUUGAGGUAACCCCUGAUUCAGAAAAUGACUUUGGAAACUACAACUGUACAGCAGUGAACCGUAUUGGGCAGGAGUCCUUGGAAUUCAUCCUUGUUCAAGCAGACACACCCUCUUCUCCAUCCAUUGACCGGGUGGAACCAUACUCCAGCACAGCACAGGUGCAGUUCGAUGAGCCAGAGGCCACCGGUGGAGUGCCCAUCCUCAAGUACAAGGCUGAGUGGAAAUCGCUGGGGGAAGAAGCAUGGCAUUUCAAGUGGUAUGAUGCCAAGGAAGCCAACAUGGAAGGCAUUGUCACCAUCAUGGGCCUGAAGCCUGAGACAAGGUACUCGGUACGACUGGCGGCCCUCAACGGCAAGGGGCUAGGCGAGAUCAGUGCAGCCACUGAGUUCAAGACACAGCCAGUCCAUAGCCCUCCUCCACUGGCACCUGCUAACUCUUCCACCCAUGUUCCGUUGUCUCCUCGAGCUACAACCUGGCCUCUUCCUGUCCUUCCAACCACAGACCUGACUAGGGAACCCAGUGCACCCAAGCUGGAAGGGCAGAUGGGAGAGGACGGGAACUCCAUCAAGGUGAACCUGAUCAAGCAGGAUGACGGAGGCUCCCCCAUCAGACACUAUCUGGUCAAGUACAGAGCGAAGCUUGCCUCCGAAUGGAAACCGGAAAUCAGGCUCCCGUCCGGCAGUGACCACGUCAUGCUCAAAUCCCUGGACUGGAACGCUGAGUAUGAAGUAUAUGUGAUAGCUGAGAACCAGCAAGGAAAAUCCAAGGCAGCUCAUUUUGUGUUCAGGACCUCAGCCCAGCCCACGGCCAUCCCAGCCAAUGGCAGCCCCACCACAGGCCUGAGCACAGGCGCCAUUGUGGGCAUCCUCAUUGUCAUCUUCGUCCUGCUCCUGGUGGUCAUGGACAUCACCUGCUACUUCCUGAACAAGUGUGGCCUGCUCAUGUGCAUUGCUGUCAACCUGUGCGGCAAAGCUGGGCCCGGAGCCAAGGGCAAAGACAUGGAAGAGGGCAAGGCUGCUUUCUCGAAAGAUGAGUCUAAAGAACCCAUUGUAGAGGUCCGAACGGAGGAGGAACGGACUCCAAACCAUGACGGGGGGAAGCACACGGAGCCUAACGAGACCACACCACUGACAGAGCCCGAGCUGCCUGCCGACACCACAGCCACUGUCGAGGACAUGCUGCCUUCUGUCACCACCGUCACCACUAACUCUGACACUAUCACCGAAACCUUUGCCACUGCUCAGAACAGUCCUACCAGUGAGACCACUACACUGACCUCCAGUAUUGCCCCACCGGCCACAACUGUGCCAGACUCAAAUUCUCUGCCCGCUGGUCAGGCCACCCCUGCCAAGGCUGUCACUGCUUCGUCCUCGUCCCCAGCCUCAGCCCCAAAAGUUGCUCCUCUUGUUGACCUGAGUGAUACCCCAACCUCAGCUCCCUCUGCUAGCAAUCUGUCCUCCACUGUCCUGGCUAACCAAGGAGCUGUACUCAGCCCUAGCACCCCUGCCAGUGCGGGAGAGACCUCCAAGGUCCCUCCAGCCAGUAAGCCCUCCCCCACCCCCACCCCCACUCCAGCCGGGGCAACCAGCCCCUUAGCAGCAGUAGCCGCCCCUGCCACAGAAGCCCCCCAGGCCAAGCAGGAAGCCCCCAGCACCAAAGGUCCGGACCCAGAGCCCACCCAGCCUGGUACGGUGAAGAACCCACCUGAGGCAGCCACAGCCCCUGCUAGCCCGAAGAGCAAGGCUGCCUCCGUCAGCACCACAAACCCUUCCCAGGGCGAGGACUUAAAAAUGGACGAAGGGAACUUCAAGACCCCAGAUAUUGACCUUGCAAAGGAUGUUUUUGCAGCCCUGGGCUCUCCUGCUCCCGCCACUGGGGCCAGUGGACAAGCCUCUGAGCUUGCUCCUUCCACUGCAGACAGCGCUUUGCCUCCUGCACCAGCAAAGACCGAGAAGGGCCCUGUAGAAACAAAGUCUGAGCCCCAGGAGUCAGAAGCAAAGCCAGCGCCAACUGAAGUCAAGACCGUCCCCAAUGACGCCACACAAACAAAAGAGAAUGAGAGCAAAGCAUGAUGGGUACCGAGCAACAAGCAAAGAUCAAAAUGAAAAAUGACACAGCGGCUUCACCAGAGCAUCCCCAAAUAAUCCCCCACCCUCUCAAACACACACACACACACACACACACACACACACACACACACGCACAGACACACUCAUUCCUCUAGUGUCUUUUGCCUUUAAAAAAAAAAACAACAAAAACAGAUAAACAUGGGAUUGCCUUUUUGUAGGUUUCUAGAAAGGGCUCCUUUGUUGCACACUCACUUGUUAAGAAAAAAGAGACAAAAAGGUUAAACCCACAGCCAAACUAGGACACUCCGUUCCCUGAAACCAUUUAAAAAUCAAACAAAAGGGCCCCAAAUUAAGAAUCUAGGAAGCUAAGAUUGGAAAAAGAAAGAAAAAAAAUCUAGGCUUGGGAAGGCUGCAAUUGGUGUUACCCAAUUGGCACUGAUCAGUUUCAGAAAAAUGCUUCCAAGAACUUAGACUAACAGAAUGAACCAAGUCCACAGUUUAUUUUUAUACUUUCAGUCAAGUUGGGAAUCUGUAGAACCUCACAAAUAAGUUAUACUUUCCGUUCACUUUGUAUUUGUUCUGUAUGCAAAGUGUGGCACUCUAGCUAGCUGCGUUCAGUUCCCAUGUAGACUCCUGUUUCUUAGGAAGAAUGCCAAAUCACAGCUUAUUCGAUUUCUUUUUUGCUUUUGUUUUUUGUUUUUUUUUUAAUCCACUGUUUCUUUUCUUUCCCUUUCUUCCCCUUUUCCAAGUUUGCUUUCCAGUGUUUACAAGUUGACAGAUGUUUGACUUUGGUUGUGUUUAAUGUCCGUGUAAAAUAGCUGCCCCCUUCUUUUUUCUUUAAAUAACAGGUACCCCAUAGAGGCAGGUAGAACCCUCCCAGGUUGCUUUUAGCAUGGGUGAAGGUUACAAAAGAUGAUUGUUUACAGUGGCUCUGUCCCCUGUCCCCCCAAUAACUCCCACCCUACCCCUGCUGAUUCUGACUCAUUGCAGUUUUUACCUGUGUCAAACUGGGGGCGAAAGCCUCUCCUUUUGAAGUGAUUUUGCCUUUUUUUUCCUGUUUAAUUCUCCUGCUAUUUUUUAGGGGGAGAUGGGGGAUGUUAGACCACUUUCAGAUUAGCUGCCACCUGCCUGUGUCUGUGACACUGGACCUGCCUCCCAGUGUCUGCACACCCUUCCUCUGAAGGACUCCUUUGGCUUUGUUGAAUGAAGCAGAGAAGAUUGUAUAGUUGGGGCUGGUCUUGGUGAACACACUUUUCUUUUUUCUUUUUUUCUUUUUUUUUUUUAACCCCAGACACCUCCUUUUUGUAGAAAGCCAAAUAAAAUAUAUACAUACCAUUUCCUUUAGAGCCCGAAAUCUAGAUUUGAGCGGAAGAGCGUGUGUGCUUCAAGGAAGUAGUGCUCCUUUUGGAAAUCUAUGGAAGUAGAGGGACAUCAGCCUUCUGUUCAGUUAGGACAACAUUUGUAAAAAAGAAAACAACAACAACAACAACAACAAAUACCGUCUGGAGUUAUAAUACAACUCUCCUGGAUCGGAAACCAAGUGGGGGGGAUACAGAAACUUUCAGGGGAUGGGAGGGGGGAGAAGGGAAAAGCCAGCCCUUUGUAUAGAAAUUUUGCUUUUGUUUUUCAUUCUGCUUUAGAACCGCAAGCUUGUGCACUGUGGAUGCGUGAAUAUUUUAGUGUGAAACGUGUUUUUGUCAUAGUAUUGAAAUAAAACUUCAACAUAGUUUGGUUGUGGAAGGUAUAGCAGAUAGUUCAGAAAAAAAAACAAACAACUAUUCAGGAAACAAACAAAUCCCAAAAGGAAAAAGGAAUCAAAGCCUUUCAAUAGGCAAUAAAACACAAUGAUGCUGAUGAAGAGGACACUAAGCCAACAGAUGUCCCCCGACAGCUCAACAGCACCUGUUCCUUUCCCAAGUACGAAGUGACAAGAGGUUAGGGUGGCCAGACGCACGCUGUGUUCACUCUGUGGGCCACAACCCCCAGUGUUCUGACACUUCUGCAGUGUGACCAGUGGUGAUGCUAGAUUAUCAUUUCAAACUGUGAAAAAUAAUGGUCUCGUCAUUUGCUCAGUGUGGGGUUAUUUUGCAUUUUCUCAGCUCCUGGGGAGGGUAAUGGAGGAUUCCAGAACACUCAGCCUGGCCCCUUUCACUCCAGGGCCUGCACAGAUCCACAGUUCCUGUGCACUAGGCCUCAGGCAGAGCUAUCAGUUAGACAACUCCGAGGGCACUUAGCAGAAUGGGAGAGGUUGGUAGCACCAGAGCCAGGUAAGAGACAGACUCCUCCGGCCACAGCCUGUCCUGGAGAAUCUCUCUCCCAUAUGGGGAAGUCGGUGGCCUGAGCAGCUAGGCCAAGGGCACACUGUAGCUCCUGGAAAUGGUGUAUUGCACAGUUUGUGGUUGGACACGUUGAACUCAGCUCUGAUGAUAAGAGGAAACAGAGGUAUGGCCAAUCCCAAAAUAAUGUGGCCCAGAGUAGCUGACCCCAGGAACACUGGCCCUACCAAUUUGCUGGAAUCCAAGACCGGCCACGCUUUGAUAUGCAUCUCUCUUUAUACAUGUUUGUCUUAGCAUGCAAGGGUUGUCCUUUCUUCCUUUUUCUGUUUCUUUCGUUAAAAUAAUAACAGCAAUCUCUCAAAAAUCAAAGAGGGAGACAGUGUAGUUCCCAUCUGUUUUUUUGUUUGUUUGUUUUGUUUUGUUUUUUUAUGUGAAGAAAUAAGCAUUUAGUUUUCUGUAGGGUUUUUUGGUUUUGGGGGAUUUGGGGUUUUCUUUUGUUUUUGUGUUUUUUGUUUUGUUUUGUUUUGUUUUUUUAGUUUUUGGAAGGAGGGAUGGACUCCACCAGUGUCGGUGUCAGUGUGUCCUAUGUCUAUGUGGCAUACAAUGUAUCACAUAAAGACCAGCAUGGCCAAGUUCUGUGGGAAGGCUACCCAGGUGCCACCAGUGGGGUCUCCCAGUCCUGAAGGGCCAAGGUGUAUCCAACAGGAUUCUAUGUUCUCAUUUUCUAUGGAACCUCCCACGUCCCAGGGUCUCACCCUCAGCUGUCCGUCUGGAUGGUGGUGAUCACACCUCCAUUAACAUCCUUACCCAGCAUUCUGUACUUCGGGGGCCUUCUCUCUUGUUAUAAAAACUUUUUACUGAGUGAAACAUCAACACCACCUUUGUUUCCAUUCUCACUGCUGUAAAUACUGAGUACUAACUGAGAAUUUUGACUUUGCAUUCUGUCAGAAUACUUGUGUUCAAUAAAAAUUGAAAGAAAAAAAAAGCAA